AGGUGGAUAACCACAAACACAGGAACGCAUGUUCAAUUGAGCAGUGUUCCUGUGAGGGUAAGAGGCAAAAACUGAGAUGUGAAAGAAGUCCUGAAGAUUUAAACUUUUACAAUUAAAUUAGAGGAAAAGAACAUCAAUCAAACUCUUAAUUUGGACAUCAUGGAUGGCGAAUCACCAAACCAGGGGACAGAAAUAAGCUGCCAGUCAGACACCAACAACCAGCCAGAUGAGCCAGGGCUGGAUGAGUGUAAAGACUCAGUGGACACACCAGAAUGUCAGAGGGUAACUGAUGUCACAGAGAGCGAGCAGGCAGAAAAAGCACAAGAUAAAGAUAAAGCUGAAGAUACAAACAAGAUGCAAAAGCCUGUUGAAGAGGCUGAACCAGAUAAAGAGACAGAAUCAGCUGUUGAUGAUGUGAAGGACACUGUAAUGACAGCAGAGAAACAAGAUAAGAAAGAAGAUGUGGAAGACGGAGUCAAGAAAAAAGAGCAGGUGGAUGAGAUACAGAAUCCAGAAAAUGGGACCGUCCAGGAGGAGAUCAAGGACAAGGAAGGGGAGGGGGGAAAGACAGAUAAUCAAGGAGAAGAUGUGAAAAACAAUGAACCAAAAGAAACUGAGCAGGACAAACAUGCAAACAAGGUGAAUAAAGAGGUAAUUGACAAAGGAAAGGUAAAGGAUACAGAAAAACAAGUGAAGGCUAAAAGAAAGGGUGGCCUUCCCUCUUCCUCUAUCUCCCGACCAAGACCCUCUGCGCGCUCAAUUAGAGCGUCCAAUAGAAAUGAUAUUAUUGCCAAGUUUCAACAAGGUGCACCAGAGACACCGAUAGCUCGCAAUUUCAAAAUUCAGAAGUCUUCUACGGCUGCUGCAACUGGAGCUUCGAUCAAACAGAAGAUUCUUCAGUGGUGCCACAACAAGACACGCAAAUAUGAGGGUGUAAACAUUGAAAACUUCUCGUCGUCCUGGAGUGAUGGGCUGGCGUUCUGUGCUCUUAUCCAUCGCUUCUUUCCUGAUGCUUUUGACUACAGCUCACUGAAGCCAGAGAAGAGGGAGGAAAACUUCACUUUGGCCUUCCAAAUAGCAGAGUCGCUGGCUGACUGCUGCCCUCUGCUGGAAGUGGCUGACAUGAUCAUGAUGGGCAACCACCCAGACCCGAUGUGUGUGUUCACAUACGUGCAGUCCCUCUGCCACAGCCUCUCCAAAAUAGAGAAAGAAAGGAAGGACAAAGAGAAGACUGAAAGCCAGAAAGAGGAAGGCAAUGAUGCAGCGGGAGAGGAAUCAUGUGCUGACUGUGAGAAGAUGGAGAACCAAGAGGAGAAACAAGAAGAGGGCAAAGAAACAAACGGAAAUGAAGAAGAUUGUUCAAUGAAGUGUCAGGAUGAAGAUGCUGAGGGAGUUUUAGCUGAGGUAGAGACCUAGAACAAGUCUGCAGACAACACAAAAGACUGAAAAGACCAAAAAUUAUUGUUGAUGGCAACUUAGUUUAGUGUUGCUUAAUGUUCUAAAUAUAAGGAGAUUUGUUUUUGUUAUUUUCACUCAGUGCUGUAUUUAUCACUUUUUGUUUUGAGCACACUCCAAAAGCAGAAGAUAAAUUCUUCACAUAAAUGUGUGUCAAUAAAUAAAAAUAAAUAGUAAAAGGAAAGUAUUACA